AUGUUACAUUUAAAUCCAUAUACAGCUGUAUUUCCCGUUGGAAAUAAAACUGAAUUAUUACUGUCGCCUGAGCAUGGAACAAUUGAUGAUGUUAAAGCUGUGUGGAAUCCAAAUCAGAGAGAAGUUUUGUUUAUGAUAACAAGAAGAACAGAAGAACUUGAUAACAUAAAUUAUAUGAUUGGAGUUAACUUUGAUACAUUGAAAAUAUUGGAAAAGAAAGUAAUCACCAAAAAACAAGUACCAUUGUUUGAUAUGUGGGAAUAUUUUUAUUUCUCAUGA